UAUCUGAAACUUUACCUAAUAAUGCCUCUGGUUAUCUCAAGGUUGAGAUGGUAAAAGAAAACCCAAUUUUCGAUGUAAGGAACUGGAACUUGAGAAAACGUAAGAAUCCUAAAACCAAAGUAGACUUCCAAUUAUGUGACAAGCAGAAUAGGGUUGGUGAAGCUCUAA